AUGCGUACCGAAGCCUUCAAUUUGCUUGCGGCUCUUGCCGUUGCUUUCCCUACCGUCUCUGCCUGCGUUGGCAAAGACGCCCUCCCUACUGCCACCAACACUAUCAGCAACUCUGAGCCCAUUGAGGUUGCCGCCGGCGAGUCUUACGACGGGAAGCUGGCCCGUUUCGACCGAGGAUCCGGUGCCUGCAAGGCACAAACCGAGGGAGGUCAGAAGGACGCCGUUUUCAUCCUGCGUAAAGGUGCCACCUUGAAGAAUGCCAUUAUCGGCAAGGACCAGAUGGAGGGUGUCUACUGCCUCGGUGGCGGCUGCACCAUUGAGAACGUCUGGUUUGAGGAUGUCUGCGAGGACGCCAUCUCCAUCAAGGAAGAUGAGGCUGGCAUGGAAACUCGCAUCAUUGGGGGCGGUGCGUACAAAGCCAGCGACAAAGUCGUCCAGCACAACGGCUGUGGCAGUGUUAGCAUCUCCAACUUCUACGCUGAGGACUACGGCAAGGUUUAUAGAGCUUGCGGCACUUGUAAUGCAUGCAAACGCACUGUCACCAUUGAGGGUGUCUCCGCCUACGGUGGCGGCGAAGUCGCUGGGAUCAACGAGGAGACUGGCGAUGAGGCCACUCUUGUCAACAUCUGCACAGACGCCAAGACCCCCUGUCAGCUAUACAACGGUCCUGGCGAGAAGUCUGGUUCUUGUUAA